UCUCUCCCGGUGUUCGCGACGGACUUGCCGAGACUUACGGAGCAACAAGUGUUACCAGCACGCUGCCUUUGCCCCGCCCCCAAACGAACCAGCUGAGAAACGAUGUCAGCCUCGUGGUGGAAACUGCCCCGAGGCGAUGCAACCACCUCACUCGAGCGCCGAUCGCGCGACAAGCAUCCACGAACCCCGCUUUGAACUCGGCGCGAGUUUUACGCGAACGCGAACCCGGUUCGUCCCGGCGAAGGAAUUUCGAAAUCUCUCCGAAGUCACGGUAUCGAUAUGUGAAAUAUUUGAACACCCACGAAAGAAACUCUAUUAAGAAUAAGAGGUGCAGGAGUCGAGCAAGUUCCAUAGCCUCGCAAGACUGGGCCAGAACUGGUGCGAGUUAAAUUGUUUUUCACACAGCACAAUUGAACGCUUGAAUUUAUUAAAACUCUCUGUCAUAUGCUGCGAAGGAUGCUGUGAAGAACAAUUCUGUUCUUCAGUGACAUUACGGACGAUUUUACGACGUAACAAUACUUGGAUGUAAUCAUUGUCUCUUUCUAAGAGUACACAUCGAAUGGUAGACCGAUACAAGAUUCCGUUCAAACGUCAGUUUGACAUGUAUAAAAACACGUGCUAUCCAAUCGAGGAUAACCGCUAAUCGCUGAAGCAAAGUACAAUGAUCCACCGAAAAAUAUAAAAACACCGACCAUCGAAGGAUGCAAUUAGCGCGCGAUCCACAGUUUCAUCGUUCGAAUUUAUCCUCUCAGAAAAGAGAUUAAGCGCGAGACUUUCCAGCGCCGAGAUACAGACACAAAGAGAAAAGCGGCGCAGAUAAGAAGUGACGGAAUUGGCGAAUUGGGACGAGCAAACAGGCGAACACAAUAAAUAAAAGAUACGCAUACCGAAUCACGCGCGAGAUACGCGUCACUGCGAGUUAAUCGCGAGCGAAAUUAAUUAAACGCGACAACAAUCAACAGUCGAAACGUGACUUCCAAAAGAGAAGGAAAAUAAUAUCGACGGCAAAGAGAUCUGCAACGACGGCAAAACUAACCGAGUGAAGAAUCGCGAAAAAAAAGUGACACGCCGCGAUGAUAAAACGAUAACGAAACGGCAGCGACAAUUAAUUGAUUGACGGCUAUUCUUCACGACGGUUGAGACGAGAUGAGCGUGUUUUCCGCGUGUUGCGCGUGAUAAAUCGGUAAGACUGAUUGUGCGACUUCUCGACUCGAUCCUCGCGGUUCUCAUUGUUCGCGCGACGACGCGACUAAAGGGAUGAAGAUGAACGACGUCAAGCCGGAAAGCUCUAGUACGUCCAUUUCGUCGCCAGGCGGAAACAAUAAUAUUAAUAACAACAACAACAACAAUAAUAAUAACAUUAACGGUAAUGGUAAAGCGGCAGCCGCCGCCGCGGCGACGGUAGCUGCCAAUGGCGGCGAAGGGAUCAGCGCCGCCGUCGCCAAGGUUCUUCAGGGAUACGACUGGACUCUGGUACCCGUUGCUACCAAGGGCUCCGGCGACAAAAGGGCGGCCCAUGUCAAGAGGCCCAUGAACGCGUUUAUGGUGUGGGCCCAGGCUGCUAGGCGAAAACUGGCCGAUCAGUAUCCUCAGCUUCACAACGCCGAGCUGUCAAAAACGCUAGGAAAGUUAUGGCGGCUCCUGUCCGAUAACGAUAAGAAACCCUUCAUUGAGGAGGCCGAUCGCUUGCGCGUUAUCCACAAGCGCGAGCAUCCCGAUUAUAAGUAUCAACCACGACGUCGAAAGCAGAACGGGCCUUCUUCCGGUCGUGACAGUUCACCCUCGAGGAAUCAGAGCAACGUGACGUUUAGCGUUUCCAGGUCGUUGAAACAGGAGGACAUGAGUCCUAGGGGCGUGCAAGGACCUAAUUCACCACAAAGUGGCGUGAGCUCCUCGCCACCGACGACACCCAGUCAAGGUCUUUCACCGCCGACACCCCCUACGACACCCAGAGGACAGCAUUAUGUCAAUCAGACCAAUCAGCCUCCGCAGAACAAUACUGUGUACUACCAGGAAUUAAUUAGCAAUACGCCAUCGAGCGAUUCUCCGCAUCAGCAGCCGGCGGUCGAUCUUCGAUACAUCGAAGUCGGAGAUGGCCUUUCCGGCGAGGAAAACCAGUUGAAUGGCCUUGGCACUUUGGGCGGGCUCGGCCUGAAUCUCCCGGUGAACUUCCAAGAGUGCGAGGUCGAGAGCAGCGAGCUCGACCAGUAUCUACCACCCCAGACCGCGCCGAUACAUCAAUAUCCACCUGUGCAAGUCACCACCACUUCGCAAUGGCUAGUUAACAGAUAUGAAGAGGAGAUCGAGAGGCCGAUCAAGCGCCACUGCUCGGAGCAAGCGAUCGCGGAGGUUUCAUGGGAGGAUAGGACCCAGGAGAUGGUCAGGUACCACGAGUUACAGCCUCCCCUUCCACCGGUCCAGUACAUAUCUGCCCAUAACGCACAUCACUCGCACGCGAACGCGCAGAUGGGCCAUCCGCACGUGUCCACGUCUUAUACGCAAUAUGCUCAUCGCUACGUACCUGGCAUCGAGACGUGGCCAAAUUACAUGUAGGAUCAAAACCAGGUAAACGCGACCAUGGUCUGUCAUUAUUAUGGAGUGCUAAUAUGCGCCGUAGGAGAUAUCAUUGAAUAUUCGAUUUACGCACAAAUAAGCGAGUAAAAAAAUUCGCAUAGAUCGUUGAAAAGUAUUUUAAAGAUAGAUUUUUGAAAUUUGAUAUACUGAUUUUUCCUUAAUAUAUCGACAAAUAUUAUCUUUGAUUCGAAAUUUUCACACAUCAAUUAAAUACUUAAUGACUAUAUUUAAUAAAAUAAAUUUACUACGCGCUAAUACAUCAACAUAAAAUUAUAUAAUGAUUGAAAUUGCCUUUUAAAUUAUUUAAGAAUCGAAGAUUUGUUACACAGGGAGAAGGGAAGGUUUUAAUCCCAACUUUUAUUUACGCAUGUGUUGUUUUAUUUUUAAUAAUAUAAUUAGAUUUUUCAAUCGAGAAACACUUCUCGUGCGAGAAAAUAUCGAUAUACAAAUCUUUCAAAGAUCUGCCUUUAAAAUAAUAUUUGUGUGUAGAUACUUCUACGGAUAUAUUUUUGUAUAAAACGCGUUAAAUGACGCGUUAAAGACACUUUAUUUUUUUACGUCGACUAUUUUAGUUAUAUCGACGCAGAGUUACAAACGCAGAUUGUAUAAACAAAUUGGAUUAAUCACCGCGGUGUUAAAUUCCUGCGGCAUUGCUGGGCAUUGAGCCUGAAAGAUAGCCAAAUACAACGUAAUUAACGAUUAUAAUUACAAAGACGAAUUAUAUUAAUAAAUAUAUAUGCGAUUUUGGUCGCGAAUUGUACGCAGAAUGCGCAGCUAAUGCGCGAGCUUUGUGUGAUAAAGUUUAUAACAUUAGCGUACGCAAAUAUUUCAGUUAUCACUCGUGGAUCGGUUUUAGGAGAGCGUUCCUUCCUCAGGAAGGAAAUCUUAAUAUUAUUUCUAACGUCUAUAAUAGCAUUGCGAAUCUAAAAAGAGAAGUACAAUAAAUAUGAAAGUUAUAUAUUUCGAGAAUCUUUUUCUGAAAACUUACGACUGGGAUUGAAAUCUUAUUGCGUUCUAAUUCCACGUACAAAUUCUACAAACGCUUACAUAUGUAAUAUAUCUGCCUUAAACUAACUAAAACAAGCAAUAUACAAGUAUAAGCCAAACAGGAAAGAGUUUGUUGCAUCGAAUCGCAUCUUUUGAAAAGCGCAGAAUGUAAAGAGCAUAAUAUAUAUGGCAUUUAUAUAAUAUUGUGAAUAUUUUGAAAAAAUACUUUAAAAUUCGUCGCAAAUUUAUCUUUUUUCUCCUUAUUUUACAAAGAAUAUAAAGGGAAAUAUAUAUAUAGAUCGGAGUGGUUGCGCUCUCUAAUUUACUGUAGAUAUAUCUUUACUAGAGAUACUCACAAGUCCGAGAUUGGCAGAAUUAAAUCACUUGAGUUAUAUUUUUCCUUGUUUUCAAUAUUUUAAGAUAAACAGGCAGACUCACAUUUCUUCACUUAUUUUUUUUUCUUAAUGUUUGUAUUUUUGAAAACUUAUAUCUUUAUAUGAAAUAUACCUUUGCUAUAAUAUUUAUAGUUUUGCGUCUGGCAAAUCAUUAUAUUGCUACAAUUAGUGUCGUUAUGUGUUUCUGCUGAAUUUAAUUUUAUUGUUUUAACAAAAGAGAGAACAAAGAUUUUCUUCUCAAAAUAAAAUAAAAAAUUGUAACAUUUUUUUAAAAAUAAGAUAUUAAUAUUCUUCUCGUUUUAUAAUAUAUCUGUUGGUAUAAUUAUAUUCAUAUAAAAUUAUUUAUAAUUAUUGAAUCCGAGAAACGGUCAUGUUACAUACUUUUUGCUCGAUACGAAAAUGGCAGAUUAGCCAUUCUCCGGCUUGAGAGUCUCUACUAUGUAGACGAGGCGCGGCCACGAUACUCACCAUGACAUCAUUCCAUGACAGCCGGCCAUUCCAAAGCGCAGAAUUUCAGGCCAAACAAACAGGCGGCCGCUCGAUAUAUACGGUGCCCAACGGCGCGUUCCAAAUGUAAUAAUAUAUACUAUACUACAUAUAUACGCGAGACGCGCGGACGCUAUAAAUCGUCGAUCGGUUUGCCGUACGCUCGCGCACGUCUCGUUCAAAUAAACGGCUGAAAUACGAUCGAGGGUGGCAACAAAUGUACGCUUGGAAUUUUUUAUUUUAUGAUCCAAAGUAUUUCAGAAUUUAAAAAUUGUCGCGUAGUCGAAACUCGCGGAUCAUCUCGACUAUUCCAAUUAUAUUCUGACCUUCUUGAAAAAAGGAAAUUAAUUGCGGAAAUAAAAAAAUUGAAGAUUUAAUAUUAUAAGAAAUUUAUCCUCUUUCUAUUGUGUUUGAAAAUCACAAAUGCAGUUCUUCUGAAUUAAUUUGGAUUCUGUAAAAAAAAUCGCUGCCGGAGACGACCGAUAUAUCGAGGGACCGAUUAGCCUGAAUAUCGAGCGUGCAGCUAAUGUAAAUGAGCUUACAGCUCCGUACUAAAAUAUAUAGAUUGCAUAUAUUAUUAACACUAGUUACUACGCUGACAGCCGUGCUUUUGUACUUAGAUAUUUAUUCACAAUAUUACGAGAAUUGAUAGAAAAAGCGUAGGUUAAUGUCUCGGUGUAGUUGUGCAUGUUGGGAGGCGAGCAUUAAAUCGUAAUUUAUAAGUGAGAUGUACGCUAAUUUGUAGAAAUAAAACAAAAAGAGACUAAAAUCAA